ACUUUUUGUAGUUGAUUUAUAACCUCACAAAUUCAUAUUCAUAUUUUUUUUACUGUUUAAGAUUUACCAUUUUUUUUUUACUGACCCAACAUGUCAGGUGAACUCGAAUUUGAAAAUGAUAUAUCUAGUGACAGUAGUGCUAAUGAAACUGAAAAUCAAUCAGUUAUGAAAGAAACAGAGAGGCUACAAAUUCGUGAAAAGUUGUCAACUCUUAGUUUUGGGGAUUUGUUAAAGAUGAAGGAACAAAUGGGUUCCAAAUUGUACGACGAAACUGUAUUUGGGGAAACCAAGAAAAAGUCAAAGAACGAUUUUAAGAGAGCCAAUAAGAAUAGACCUCGGGAAAUGAGUUCGAAAGUGAGAUGUUUUAGAAAGGAAUUAAACAGUGGUAUUACAUCGUUUCCCAAAAAAACAGUUUCUAGAGAUCCAAGAUUUGAUCCUCUUUGUGGACAGUUUGACGAUAAGACAUUUAAAUCCAAUUAUAAAUUUGUAAAUGAAAUACGCCAAAAAGAAAUAAAGCAGUUAGAGAAGGAACUAAAAUCUUGUACUGAUCCAGAGAGGAAAAAAACUAUAAAACUGUUGAUUCAAAGAAUGAAUAACCAAAUUAGAGAACAGCGGAAGCGAGAUGCAGAGAACAAAAAGAAAUAUGAAGAGAAAAUGGAGAUGAGAGAAAAACUUAAAAGAGGGGAAAAGCCUGUAUUUAAGAAGAAAUCUGUGAAGAAACUUGAAAGUUUGAUUGAAAAAUACGAAGAGUUAAAGAAAACGAAUAAAUUGCAGAAACAUAUUGAAAAGAGAACAAAGAAGUUGUCUGCAAAAGAAAAAAAGAAGUUUAAGAAUUAAUCUUGCUGUCUGGAGAAAAAUUGAACCAAUUGGACGGAUCCAGAGAUGGACUUUGGCGUUUCUAUGCAGUU